AUGAACAACAUAUUGGAGGCGAUCAGAGACUUGAAGUUAUCACCAGAGGCAACGAAUCUCUAUGUCGGUAUCGCCGCUGCUCACAUGUCCCUACUGCAGGACGCAGCCUGGAGCUUUCGCACGACAGCAACAAUGAAGAAAGAACAAGGCACGGAACCUGAGCUUGAACGCGCCCUGAGCGAGCUCAGAGAACAGCUGGAUGCCGAAAGAAGCGAGAAGCGAGAGCUGCAGGAAACAGUCAAGAAGCUACAAACACUUGUGAAUGUCCAUACUGAACUAGAGGCCAUCAAAAAGAGCUUCGAAGUGGAUGUGCAGGAAGUGGAAGUGCGCAUUCAUGGCAGAGAACUUCAUAUGAAGCACCUCGAAAGUGAGGGAGUACAACUCAUCAAGAAGUCGUCUACCUCGGAGCCCUCUAGCUUGAUGAGCCUGCUCAAGAGCGGGGCUCCUCCUUUCGACAUUUUCAAGGAAAUGUUUUUACCGUACGGUACAUCUCUGAAGGGCGUGGCGGAACUCUUCCCUAUGUUAACAAAUGAAACUUUGAAUGUCGACGUUUGGUACACCGGGUCUUAUAUUAUCGAUCAACCUGAGGAACUGAGCGCAGAAGCUUUCGAGCUUCUUUCCGAAGAGAAAUCCUCCUCCUGGGACUUACCGCAUGAGGAGACGAGGGCAAUGUAUCUGCGUGGCGAGUUGAUUGUUCUGGCAUAUCCCGUGUUAUGCGUUGGCUACAAUGCCAACCUCAAGCGCUUAGUGAAGUCGCCGCAGACAGCGGUCUCGUCAUCGUGA